AUCAGCCGGGCUCUCGGCUGAUGGAGGGCGGAAGACAAAACUCUCAGCGAGCUUCUUCUCCGGGCACGGUUGCUUCUGACUGGAGGCUAAAGCGGAUCCCAGGAAAGCUGACACUUCCCACCGCGGAACCCCGAUAGACUUCACCGAGGACCGUAUUUCAAAACAAAAGCCGACCCUGUCAUGUCUGCUAAAGCCAUCGCCGAGCAGACGGGGAAGGAGUUCCUCUACAAGUACAUCUGCACCUCCGCUCCGAUCCAAAACCGCUUCCGUUAUGCCAACGUCACUCCUGAGACCGACCUGGACCGCCUGGCCCUGGAACAUCCAUGGCUGCUCACAGAGAAGCUGGUGGUGAAGCCAGACCAGCUGAUUAAGAGGCGGGGCAAGCUGGGCCUGGUGGGCGUCAACCUGGACCUGAAUGGCGUCAAAAAUUGGCUGAAGCCUCGCCUCCUGAAGGAGACCAUGGUGGGAAAAGCCAAAGGCAUUCUCAAGAACUUCCUCAUCGAGCCGUUCGUCCCUCACAAGCAGGAGGAGGAGUUCUACGUGUGCAUCUACGCCACCCGGGAAGGUGACCACGUGUUAUUCCACCACGAAGGAGGGGUGGAUGUAGGCGACGUGGACACCAAGGCCAAGAAGCUGCUAAUUGGCGUGGACGAGAAGAUCAGCGUGGAGUCUGUCACCAAGCAACUGCUCUCGCACGUCCCUAACGACAAGAGACUGGUGCUGGCCCAAUUCAUUGUGGGGCUCUUUAACCUGUACGAAGACCUGUUCUUCACAUACCUGGAGAUUAACCCACUGGUGGUCACCAAAGAUGGCGUCUACGUGCUGGACAUGGCGGCAAAGAUCGACGCCACGGCAGACUACAUCUGCAAGGCCAAAUGGGGGGACGUGGAGUUCCCGCCACCUUUUGGCAGGGAGGCCUAUCCUGAGGAGGCCUACAUCGCAGAUCUAGAUGCCAAGAGUGGCGCCAGCCUCAAACUGACCCUGCUCAACCCCCAAGGCAGGAUAUGGACCAUGGUGGCAGGUGGAGGAGCUUCAGUGGUAUACAGCGACACCAUCUGUGACUUGGGCGGAGUCGACGAGCUGGCCAAUUACGGCGAGUAUUCGGGGGCGCCUAGCGAACAGCAGACCUACGACUACGCCAAGACCAUCCUCUCACUCAUGACCAGGGAGAAACAUCCCGAUGGAAAAGUCUUGAUCAUCGGAGGAAGCAUUGCCAAUUUCACAAAUGUUGCAGCCACAUUCAAGGGAAUUGUUCGAGCGAUCAGAGACUACCAGGUGCCUCUAAAGGAGCACGAGGUCACCAUUUUUGUCCGGCGCGGGGGUCCAAACUACCAGGAGGGUCUUCGGGUGAUGGGAGAAGUUGGCAAGACCACAGGUAUCCCCAUCCACGUCUUCGGUACGGAAACCCACAUGACCGCCAUCGUUGGCAUGGCACUGGGCCACAGGCCAAUCCCCAACCAGCCUCCCGUGGCCGCCCACACCGCCAACUUCCUCCUCAACUCCAGUGGCAGCCCAUCGACUCCAGCAUCCACCCGAACAGCCUCCUUCUCUGAGAACAGAUGCAAAGCUGAGGGCUCGCCGGCUAAGAAAGCCAAAAAUGGAGCUCCUGUUGUCAAGGCAACCACGCUGUUCAGCAAACACACCAAGUCCAUCGUGUGGGGCAUGCAGACGCGUGCCGUGCAGGGCAUGAUGGACUUUGACUACGUCUGCUCCAGAGACGAACCCUCAGUGGCCGCCAUGGUGUACCCCUUCACCGGAGACCACAAGCAGAAGUUCUACUGGGGCCACAAGGAGAUCCUCAUCCCCGUGUAUAAGAACAUGAGCGACGCCAUGAAAAAGCACGCGGACGUGGACGUGCUCAUCAGCUUUGCCUCCCUGCGCUCGGCCUUUGACAGCACUAUGGAGACCUUGCAGUACCCGCAGAUUCACACCAUCGCCAUCAUAGCUGAGGGAAUCCCUGAAGCCCACACCAGGAAGAUUAUUAAGGCGGCUGACGAGAAGGGAGUCACAAUCAUUGGACCAGCAACGGUGGGGGGCAUCAAGCCCGGCUGCUUCAAGAUCGGCAACACAGGAGGAAUGCUGGACAACAUCCUGGCCUCCAGACUGUACCGUCCAGGCAGCGUGGCGUACGUGUCGCGUUCAGGCGGCAUGUCCAAUGAGCUCAACAACAUCAUCGCGCGCACCACCGACGGUGUCUUUGAAGGCGUGGCUAUCGGCGGGGACAGGUACCCGGGCUCCGUGUUCACUGACCACGUGCUGCGCUACCAGGACACCGACGGAGUGAAGAUGAUUGUUGUGCUGGGGGAGAUCGGCGGCACGGAAGAGUACAAGAUCUGCCAGGCUAUUAAAGAGGGCAGGAUCACCAAACCUGUGGUGUGCUGGUGCAUCGGAACCUGCGCCACCAUGUUCGCCUCAGAGGUCCAGUUUGGCCACGCGGGAGCGUGUGCUAACCAGGCUUCGGAGACGGCAGUGGCCAAGAACAAAGCUCUGCAGGAGGCUGGCGCUUUUGUACCGAAGAGCUUCGACGAGCUGGGGGAUAUCAUCAAGUGUGUAUAUGACGAGCUCGUCACCAAAGGAGUCAUCCAGCCUGCACCAGAGCUGCCACCCCCAACUGUUCCCAUGGACUACUCCUGGGCACGAGAGCUGGGUCUUAUCCGUAAACCUGCGUCCUUCAUGACCAGCAUCUGUGACGAGAGAGGGCAGGAGUUAAUUUACGCCGGAAUGCCUAUCACGGAGGUCUUCAAGUCUGAAAUUGGGCUGGGAGGAACUCUGGGGCUUCUCUGGUUCCAGAGGAGGUUGCCUAGAUACGCCUGCCAGUUCAUCGAGAUGUGUCUCAUGGUGACAGCCGAUCACGGUCCGGCCGUCUCCGGAGCGCACAACACAAUCGUGUGCGCUCGGGCUGGCAAAGAUCUCAUCUCCAGCCUCACUUCUGGCCUCCUCACCAUUGGCGACCGCUUUGGAGGAGCUCUGGAUGCUGCAGCCAAGCAGUUCAGCAAGGCGUUUGACAGCGGCAUCCUGCCAAUGGAGUUUGUCAACAAGAUGAAGAAGGACGGCAAGCUCAUUAUGGGCAUCGGCCACAGAGUCAAAUCUAUUAAUAAUCCAGACAUGAGAGUUCAGAUCUUGAAAGAUUUUGUGAAGCAGCACUUUCCCUCCACACAGCUGUUGGACUACGCUCUGGAUGUGGAGAAGAUCACUACAUCAAAAAAACCCAACUUGAUCCUGAACGUGGAUGGCUUCAUUGGUGUGGCUUUCGUGGACCUGCUCAGAACCUGUGGUGGAUUUACCAGGGAUGAAGCUGAUGAGUUUGUGGAGAUUGGAGCUCUGAAUGGCAUCUUUGUCCUAGGUCGCAGCAUGGGAUUCAUUGGACACUACCUGGACCAGAAGAGGUUGAGGCAGGGUCUGUAUCGGCACCCUUGGGACGACAUCUCCUACGUGCUCCCAGAACACAUGUCCAUGUAGGACUGUGUUGACUGAAGCUUUGGCAUUGCAUCAAUAUGUUACUAUUACUGUCACUGUAUUGCUUGAAAGAGGUAUGAUUUUUAUUUUUGGAAAUCAAAGACUAGUGAAAACAUGUGGUACUGUGAACAUCUUGUCAGACAAAAUUAGGCUCUGGUUUGUAUUUCAGAGCAUUCCAUUGUUGUGCAGCUCUCUUCAUUGUGCCAUUUUCUCUCCAUCAGUAGUUUGUUAGACGGGGUGACCUGUGUAGUGCAAUAAUAUGAACACUCACUGUAGAUUAUAGCUUUAUUUAUGCGUAGGUGUCCUUGUCUGUAUUGUCUUGUCUGGGCACGGUGUGGCAAAUAAGAUGGAUGAAAAAUGGACUAAUUAUUUAUGGUCUCAAAUGAUCACACCGAAGACUCACUACCAAAAUAAUAUGAAAAUACUACAACCAACGUUCCCUCUAAGGUGCACGCCUGUGCAAUUGCACACCGCUCACGAGUCCUCUGCCCACGGCAUAUCUAUGCCGCAUUUUCAAAGUAACUGACGACAAGAGGCCACAACAGAGACAACAGUUUUCGUUAUCACUGUUCAAUUAUUGUAACAUCUAUCGAGACGCUUCGAGAAGGACAUGAAUUCCAUCGAUCACUUUAUUGAGCAAAACUCUUUAUAAACACAUGACUAAAAACAUUGCUGAACAAUUUCUAUCUAGCAAAGCUGGUCAUUUUCUGCUGUACAAAGCAGACCAAAACCAAGUUUGUCAUCUGUCAUGUCAACAGCAGCCACUCGCUCUUUCUCACUUGUACCAACACAUGCACAUAUGGCACUAAGCCAGUGAUGCGUUUACAGCCACACAAAAAGUCGGACAUUUCCGAUACCGCACAUUGUGUAAUUCCAGAUCGUUACACUAUGAGUUACCAAUAAAAUGUGUGCUCAUUCUACUGUCAUUUAUUAAGAAUCUUAAUUUAUAAAUAUUAAUCAUGAAAUGCUGUUAUUAUAUUGAAGAAAUACUAAUAAAAAUAUAUACAUUUUACAAACGGAAAGUUAUAGAAAUGUACACAUGAUCCAGUGCUUACAUCUCAUUGUGCAACAUGUGAAUGUUUUAAUGGGAACUAAGGGGUACACAUUAUUUCCAAAGCAGGAACUCGACCCAGACACACAAUACUAGUAAACAGCUCAUUGAAAAACAAUAUUUGUUAUUCUUGUCAUUGUAAGUGGGCAAAAAACACUUGUUAAUUACAUUAGAAAAUUAUCGCAUAGACUUGACUGCUGUCAUUUGAUUAGAAUAAUAAGAAAUGUAACUUAUUUAGUCAGGUUUGGGACAGGUGUGCUACAGGUGUGGCCUCAAUGUGCACGUCUGAUGUUGAUCACAUCUGCUCCACUAAAUGCUCAAGGAGUUUUUGCGUUUGCUCACACACAUGAAAAAUUAUAGGGAACAUUGACUACAACGGUAGUUACUACAGUAUCGCUAAUUGGUUUUAAUUUCGGUACAAUAACGGUUGGUUAUGGUUACUGAUGAACGGUGGUAGAUUAUCUGUACUACAGACAGUAAUAAUUCAAAUGUGAAAUGGUACACUACAAUGUAUUUGGAAUAUUUAAUCAUGUGGGUAGUGUAAUCAAUUUAUAUGUGUACUGACUGAAGUGGUUGUCAACAUCAAUAUGUCUACUGUGUAACAGUAAAUAACGGUUUUCUCUUCAAUUGUACCCAAAAUACAACAACUGUUUCUGACGUCACAGACAAUAAAGCAAAUAAGACGUUUAGUGUCGCGAUUGUGUCCGUCCAAAGCUACACAAAACAUGAAUAAGUCACAAUGUACUAUUGUAUUUUAAUGUACGUCUAACAUUAAAAAUCGCUGAAUAAAUGAA